AUGGUUGAUGCAAGAGAGAUGUCCAAACUAGAAGUGAACUGCAUCCGUGGAUGUCCUCAUGGAAAGAAGAACUGUAACUGCUUGCCCACGCCGGUAACACAUACAAUGGAAGGUUCUGAGACCAAUGAGUCCAGUAGUAGAGACGAAAAAUGCAAAAAUGCCUGUCCUAAGGGUUGCAAGUAUGUUAACAUUUUAGGAAACUGUUUCUGUUUGUGUUUAAGUGAUGCAAGUGAGAUGGCGAAGGAAGAAGUGAAUUGCCUCAGCGGCAAAUAUCCUGAAGGAAAGAAGAACUGUAACCCCUUGCCGCCGGUAGCACCUAUAAGGGAGACUAAUGUGAAGAUGUGCGAUGAAGAUAGUCAAUGCAACAAGUACUGCCCUAAAGAAUGCAAUCCUGAUCCGUGUGUCUGUUCUUCUUUGAGUGAUGCAAGAGAGAUGGCCAAAGAAGAAGUGAACUGCAUGGGCGGAUGUCCUGAUGGAAGUAAGAGCUGUAACUGCUUGCCCUCUCCGGUAACAUCAGAGAUCAAGGCGUCUUGCCGUAGAGACAACGAGUGCAUCAAGUACUGUCCUAAAGGCUGCCAGAUUGUUAACUGUAAUUUUGGAACCUGUUUCUGUUCGUCUUUAGGUGAUGCGAGAGAGAUGGAGAAGGAAGAAGUGAAUCGCCUCGGCCAAAAAUGUCCUGAUGGAAACAAGAACUGUAACAGAUCGCCGCCGGUACUACCUUUAAUAGAGACUACCAAACAACUUAUAGUUUGCCAGAAAGCUAGUGAAUGCACCAAGUACUGCCCUAAGCAAUGCAAGUCUGGUAGAAACUGUGUCUGUCAGUGUAAUCUUGGAAACUGUUUCUGUGAUUGUUAA